UCACAUGAUCAGCUGAUGACUCCUUCCUCUGAUGGAUGCAGGAUUUUCAGCCUUCGCCGCUUCGAAGGGCUCACAGGAAUCAUUUUUUCACCUAAAUACGAUAAUCUAACAGAGAUUAACAUCGCCGUAGCUUUAGGUUUAUUCGCGGGAGAACCUUUAGAUAGCAAACCUGGCGCUGUUGUUGGAGUGGAUGAUGAACGGGCACGCAAUUUUAUACACCGGGGUCACUUUGGCCUUCUGGGCGACCAUCCUGAUCGUCGGUAUUUGCUAUACAAUUUUUGACCUUGGAUUUCGAUUCGAUGUAGCAUGGUUUUUAACAGAGACUUCUCCAUUUAUGUGGGCUAAUCUUGGAAUUGGCCUGGCCAUCUCUCUGUCUGUUGUUGGAGCGGCAUGGGGAAUUUAUGUCACUGGAUCCAGCAUCAUUGGUGGUGGAGUCAAAGCCCCUAGAAUCAAGACCAAAAAUCUUGUCAGCAUUAUCUUUUGCGAAGCUGUUGCCAUUUAUGGGAUCAUCAUGGCAAUUGUCAUUAGCAAUUUGGCAGAGAACUUCUCUGGUACGACUCCAGAGACUAUUGGCUCAAAGAACUACCUAGCAGGCUACUCCAUGUUUGGUGCUGGACUCACUGUUGGCUUUUCCAACCUCUUCUGCGGCAUCUGCGUUGGCAUUGUGGGCAGUGGAGCUGCCCUCGCCGAUGCUCAAAAUGCCAGCCUCUUUGUCAAGAUCCUCAUUGUUGAAAUUUUCGGCAGUGCCAUUGGACUGUUUGGAGUGAUCGUAGCCAUCUUGCAGACAUCGAAAGUAAAAAUGGGCGAUUAGAUGACUACACAACCUACAGAUCAAAGAUGCUGUGUUGCUGGUGCAAACAGGAGGUGUAAAUACAUAGUAAAUUAUUUAAAUGUAUUUUCCUUUGUGUCUGUUUUUAACCAUCGUUUUCUGAAGAUUGAAAUAUUGUAUUUGCACCAAUUUGUCUUAAAAGAGUGCAUGAUGAUGUCAGAGGCAGAUCUUUGACGACUUUCACACUUAGUUUGGCAUCUCAUAAUUCACUUAAUGUUUUUGGCCAUACCUCCAUGAUGUCAUAAGAUCCAAUUUAAAUGAUAGAAUCUUUUUUUUUUAUUUUUAUGAAAAGGUAUUUUAUUUAUUAAAAUAGCCUCAUAAUAUAAAGCGUGAUCCUGCGUAUGGUGUCAGAACUGACGGUCUGUUUUGACAUUAUAGGGUGUUAUGUUUGUAAUCAUCUCAAAUUCCAAUAUAUAGUUCGCUGUGAUUGUUCUGUACAGUACAAGAAAAGUGAUAAAUUGCAUUAGUGUGGUUCUUUGCAUUGGGUGGGUGUAAAUCGUGAAGUAUUCUCUUGAUCGCUGUAUGCAAGAAUGCUCUUGUAUUUGCGUGAAGACACCUGGUGUAUCCGGUGUGUUUGACCUGAUCUCACUCUCACGUGUUGUGUUCUUUCAUGUAGCUACUGAAUUCAAGUAAAUUCUAUUAAGAAAAGUCAUACCAAAUUACGAUAUUAAAAAGUAAUAAUACCAGUCAUCUCCAGUCGUAUUUCUACCAGUGUAGACCCUCACUUUGUAGGGCUUUCUUCAGUUCUGGUUGGUUAUAAAUGAGAGGAAAUAAUAAUCUGAUGUGUGUACAUAUUAAAAGCAGUUUUCUUUCAGGUUUUUUUUUUUUUGUUUGUUUGUUUUUGUGAAGCAUGAGGAUGUUUGCCAUUCCGUAUUUCCUAGUCGUCUUGUAAUUAUUAUUUUUUUUUUCUUUUUUUGACAAGCAAGAAGUGGUCUUUAUCUCCCAGGACACUGUGGUGGAAGCUUGUUUUCACCACGGAUUUAAAGAAAAAAAAAAAGAAAAAGUUUUUAGUUUUUAUCUUACAAUUCAGAUUUUUUUUUCUCAUAAUUCUGAGUUUAAAGGUAAUUGUGACUUAUCCCACAAUUAAUUUCAGGAAAAAAAAAAAUCUGAAUUGUGAGAUGGGGAGAAAAACUUUUUUUUUUUUUUUUUUUUUUUUUUUUUUUUUAACCCCAUGGAAAAAACAAGCUUCCAUAAUAAGUUACUGUAAACUCUGUGAACUAUAUGUAAUAUUUUCUUCGCUGUUAACAUCAGUUAUUCUGAAAAUAAGCAAGUUCACAGGACGACAGCACUGCAAACAGAUGGACUUUAAUUGGCCACAGACAUGAGAUUCCAUAUUUAAACAAAUAGAAAUGAGGCUAUAGAUUGUGCUGUUAUAAAAUCUCAUUUUCACAACCAGCAUUUUUGUUCACUUGUUUUUGGAGGGUGAAUUUUCAGUGUUGCAUCAGCUGAAAUAUUUAAAGUUACAACCCAGUUAUCCCUCAAGUCCUCAUGUUUAAACAUGGUGUUGACCCUUCACUGGGAUUGUCUACUAGGUCUCAAACCACUGUUUAUAGCCACAAUCAAACUAGAAAGAUUAGUCGGCAUUCUUCUAGCUCUACUGAAAUCUUUACUAUCUGUGACAUUUUUGUGAAGGUACGUACUAAACAUGAUUUUACUAAUUCCUGAAUGUCCAAAAUCAGCCUCUGUUAAAUGUCUGUUUAAAUUAACGAUCAAUCAAAUGACAUGCUCCAUCUGUAAAGCACUAUGGUCUUGUGAAUCAAUUCCAGUCUAGUGACCAAGAUCAUCUGUUUUCUUGCGCUGGAUCUGUGGAGAGAUGCGUUCCCUUUUUUUUUUUAUGUUACAUGGAUAAGUGUUUAUUUUAAAACAUUCCAACUUAGACCUGGUUGUCAACCCGCUCCUGCUGGAUCACACCGUGAGACCGCUUUAGGUCUCAUUAUUGUGGAGCUUCCAGGAUCUGGAUUGGCUGACCGCGGUUUAGUGGUUUAGGAGUUGUGCGGUAAAGAUGACCUCUUAACCAUUUCUCCUGUUUCAGUGAUUGUUAAAUAUGUUAAUGUGGUGAUUCCAUUGUUUUGAUGUGUACAAGUGGAUCUUCUAGACUCCAUAAUUGUCCUUGAAGAAAUAAAAAAGAAAUGUGAAAAACA